AUGUAUGCAAGACUAAAAGAUGGUCUACUAAAUCAUUUAUUCCUUGAAGGAUUAAAUGAAUUCAUAGCAGCUGCCAAACAGUUUCCAGACUGUUUGAAUGGAGAAUUAAUUAGGUGUCCAUGUAAUCGAUUUAAGUGCCAAAAUCGGAGUUUUGAAGAUGAGAGUACAGUUAGGUUUCAUCUCAUGAAAUAUGGGUUUGUUAGAGACUAUUAUGUAUGGUAUUUGCAUGGCGAAAUUCAAAACUACAAUGUGGUCCAUGGGAGAAGUAAUGAUUCGACUGACAACACUUACAAUGUGGAAUAUCAAUAUGGUGAAUUCUCUAAUGCUUAUGAACAACUAGUUGUAGAUGCAGCAGGACCUAGUUUCUCCCCAUCAAUUAGUAAUGAGCCUCCAAAUCAAUCUACUCAGAGAUUGUAUGACAUGUUGGCUGCUGUUAAUCAGGAAUUGUGGCCAGGUUGUGAAAAUCAUUCACAAUUGUCAGCUAUGGCAAGGAUAUUGAAUAUCAAAUCUGAACAUCAUUUGUCUGAACGUUGCUUUGACAAUAUUUGCCAAUUCAUCAAAGAAAUUUUACCUACUGAUAAUUUGUUUACUGAUAAUUUCUACUCUACAAAGAAAUUACUUGAAGGCUUGGGAUUACCAAUUCAGAAGAUUCAUAGUUGCUUAAAUGGUUGUAUGAUUUAUUGGGGUGAGGAUAAUGAAUUGCUCAGGUGCAAGGUGUGUGAUCAUCCGAGGUAUAAACGAUUGCGAGAUAGUCAGAGCUCUAGUAAAACCCAAGUUGCUUAUAGUAAAAUGUAUUACAUGCCAAUCACACCUAGACUACAAAGGUUGUACGCAUCUAAUGCUACAGCCAAGGAUAUGACUUGGCACGCCAAUCAUGGGACUGGUGAUGAUUUAAUGCAUCAUCCAUCUGACUCGCAUGCAUGGAAGGUUUUUGAUAACAAUUGGCCUCAUUUCAGUGCUGAGAAACGUAAUGUCCGUCUAGGACUGUGCACCGAUGGUUUUCAACCCUUUGGACAAUCUGGUCAGCAAUAUUCAUCAUGGCCUGUCAUACUGACACCGUACAACUUACCUCCAUGGUUAUGCAUGAAAGGUGAGUAUAUGUUUCUCACUAUACUUGUCCCAGGGCCUAGAAAUCCAAAAGAUAAGUUGGAUGUGUAUUUACAACCCCUAGUAACUGAGCUGAAAGAUUUAUGGGAUAAUGGAGUUGAAACAUAUGAUGCAUUCAAUAAAGAAAAUUUCAACUUGCGAGCUUCUUUACUGUGGACUAUAAGUGAUUUUCCUGCUUAUGUUAUGUUAUCUGGAUGGAGCACUGCAGGACGGACCGCUUGUCCUUAUUGCAUGGAAGAUAGUGAUGCGUUCACAUUGACAAGAGGAGGUAAGCAAUCAUGGUUUGAUAAUCAUCGUAAAUUUUUACCUCCUGGCCAUUCUUUUAGAAGAAACAAAACAGCUUUUAGGAAGAAUGUAUCUGUUACUAAGAAAGCUAAACCACCAUUUUCUGGUGAAGAAGUACUGAAACAGAUUGAUGAAUUGGGGUUUAAGAGAGUUAUAGAUGAAGAUGCAUUUGAAAUAAAUUUCCGUCUGUCAAAGCAAUGCGGUUGGAGAAAAAGAAGUAUCUUCUGGGAUUUACCGUAUUGGAAAAGUAAUUUGAUUCGGCACAAUCUUGAUGUAAUGCACAUUGAGAAAAAUUUCUUUGAAAAUAUAAUCAACACUAUAAUGAGUGUUGAGGGAAAGACAAAGGAUAAUGCUAAGUCAAGGGCAGACCUAAAUGUGAUAUGCAAUCGGCCAGAGUUGGAAAUGGAUCAAGUCACUGGGAGAUAUUCAAAAGCUUGUUAUACUCUAGAUAAGCAAAGUAAGCAAGUAUUAUGUGAUUGGCUGAAAAAUCUAAAGUUUCCCGAUGGAUAUGUUUCUAAUAUGGGGCGAUGUAUUGAUAUGAAGAAGCUGAAGAUGUUUGGGAUGAAGAGUCAUGAUUGUCAUGUCUUCAUGCAGCGGAUUAUGCCAAUUGCAUUUCGUGAGUUGCUUCCGUCAAAUGUGUGGCAGCCCUUAACAGAGUUGAGUAAUUUUUUUAAGGAGUUAACAUCUACCACUAUAAGUGAGAGUGAUAUGUUGCAGUUGCAUGGUGAAAUUCCUUUAAUCAUAUGCAAGCUUGAGCGUGUUUUCCCUCCAAGCUUCUUUGAUUGUAUGGAACACCUCCCUGUCCAUCUAGCAUAUGAAGCAUGGCUGGCAAGUCCAGUGCAAUGUCGAUGGAUGUAUCCUUUUGAACGAUAUCUGCGACGGCUUAAGAAUAAUGUCAGAAAUAAAGCUAGAGUCGAGGGAUCAAUAUGUAAUGCGUACCUAGUAGAAGAAGCAACUUCAUUUUGUGCACAUUACUUUGAAUCGUAUGUCCAAACUAGACAUCGAAAAGUGCCAAGGAAUGUUGAUAUUUCAGAAAGUACUGAAAAUUAUGAAGGCAAUCUAUCAAUCUUCAUGCAGUCCGGUCGACCAAUAGGAAAAGGGACAACCAGAUAUCUUAUGGAGGAUGAGUAUAAAGCAGCACAAGUCAUUUACAUUGAUCAAUUGCGCUCAAAUGAUCCGAUGGUCAAUGAUUCUCAGAUUGACAUCAAAUUGGAGAGUGAAUUCUCUAUAUGGUUCAACAAUUUUGCUCAUAAUUCGUGCAAUAACAUAUCCAACAAGUUUAUCACAUAG